GCUCGCGCCCCUUAUGGGCGUGUGCGCGGCGCGCGUUCACGACACACACCAGGAAAUAUGGCGGCGCUCAUGACCCUCAGUCAGUUAUCGAAUGGAAACGCAGCAUUUGAAAAUUAUUACAGACAGCUUGAUCCAGCAAACACAGGCAAAAUAUCAGCAGGCGAUGCAGCUCAGUUUCUUAAAAAGUCUGGGUUAUCAGACAAUACACUUGGAAAAAUAUGGGAUUUGGCAGAUUCUGAUAGAAAAGGCUAUUUGGAUAAAAGGGGUUUCUUCAUUGCGAUGAGACUGGUGGCAUCAGCACAGGGUGGAAAUGACAUCAGCCUUAACAACCUCAACCAAAAUGUAGCUGUGCCAAAAUUUAGAGACACUGACAGCCCGUUAGUAACUGCAUCAUCAACAACAUCUGACUGGGCAGUUAGGCCUGAUGAAAAAGGGAAGUUCGAGGCGAUUUUUGAAAGUCUGUCCCCUGUGAAAGGUCUCCUCUCCGGUGACAAGGUCCGACCUGUUUUGAUAAACUCCAAGCUACCUCUGGAUGUGUUGGGAAAGAUUUGGGACCUUAGUGACGUGGACAAAGAUGGACAUUUGGACAAAGAGGAAUUCAUAGUGGCCCUGCAUCUCGUUUAUCGCACCAUGGAGAAGGAGCCUGUCCCAAGCAGCCUGCCUCCUUCUCUUAUCCCACCUUCCAAAAGAAAGAAAUCUGCGCCUGCUCUUCCCGGCGCUGUGGCCGUUUUGCCCGGCCUCGGAUCCGGCCCGGCCGCUCUGCGGAGCUCUCCUUCUCUGAGGAGCGCCACUCCUCCUAUGGGGAGCGCUGCAUCUGCUCUGGGUGGCGUUUCGGCCCUCAGCCCCAGCGCUGUCACCUUGUCUCCAAAACACUCCUUUAAAUCCAGCUCAGCAUCCACUCCAGCGGCUGCAGUGAACUGGGUGGUACCGGUGGCCGACAGAGAAAAAUAUAGGGAGCUUUUUAAGAAAACGGACUCUGAUGGGGACGGCUUCAUCACCGGCACUGAGAUCAUUGAGAUCUUCAUGCAGUCCAACCUCUCUCAGACCAUGCUGGCGCAGAUCUGGGGACUCGCUGACACAAAGCAGACAGGCAAACUGACCCCGGAGCAGUUUGCUCUGGCCAUGCAUUUCAUCCAGCAGAAGGUGACAAAAGGCAUCGACCCUCCCUCUACUCUCACUGCAGACAUGAUCCCCCCGUCAGAGAGGACGGCAGCGUCAGCGUUGGGCCUCAGCUUUAUGGGGAUUCUUCCUUCUGUGAGAGCAGACCUGGUUUCCACAGCUAGUAUGCGCAGAGACAGCACCAGCUCCGUUGGGUCAGUUGAGCUCACAGGCAACAAAGAGCUGGAUGACCUCAGCCAGGAAAUAGCUCAGCUGCAGAGAGAGAAGUUUUUCCUGGAGCAAGAGAUUAUGCAAACAGAGGAAACCAUAAGACAGAAAAACAGUGACGUUCAGGACAUUCAGCUCGACUUGGACAGGGAGAGCAGCAGCCUGCACAGCCUGACGUCCCAGAAGCAGGACGCUCAGGGACGGCUGGACGAGAUGGACCAGCAGCGCGCCAAGCUGGAGGGGAUGCUCAACGAACUGAAGCAGAAAUGCCAGGAGGAGUCUCAGCAGAUUUCUUCUUUGCAAAGUCAGAUCCGCUCUCAGGAGACCCACGUCCGCAGCCAGGAGGACGAGCUGAGCCGCACCAAGGCGGACCUGAGCCGGCUGCAGGAGGAGGAGGCCCAGCUGGAGGAGAGGCUGGUGACCGGCCGUGUUCAGCUGGACAGCAUCGUGAAGUCGCUGCAAACCACGCAGGACGAGAUCAACCAGGCUCGCAGUAAGCUGUCACUGAUCCAGGACACGCAGAAGGAACUGACCCAAACUAUUGAGCAGUACAACAGCGCUCUGAGCGAGAUCAACAGGGGGAACUUCAGCAACCUGCCCGAUCUGAGCGAAGGUUUCACUGAGAGGGAGAAUGGAGGAUUCAGGAGUUCGGAUGACUCUUUCAAGUCGAGGAUAGCCAUGUUCAACAACGGCAGUAAAAAGGAGCUCCCUGCAGACCCCUUCCAAGUAGAAGACCCCUUCAAAUCUGACCUCUUGAAAGAUCCAUUCGGAGAAGAUCCUUUCAAAGAAAACGAUCCCUUCAAGGGAACCUCAUCUGACGACUUUUUCAAGAGAUCCAACAAGACGGACUUGUUUGGCUCCGGAGAUCCUUUCAGUAGAAAACCCACACCGCCAGCCAAGCCGAGCGCCUUUGGGAGUGGCGACCCCUUCGCAUCAAACAGCUCUCAAUCAAAGGAUUCAGACUUGUUUGGAAAAGCGGACCCGUUUGGAAGCAGUUCUUUUGGCGGCAAAGGCGGCGGAUUUGCUGACUUCAGUCACAUGUCAAAGAAGCCUGACCCUCCUAAGAAGAAUGUGCCUAACCGGCCCGCGCCUCCCUACGUGGAUCUGCUCGGUUCGAGCGCGUCAGAGCUGCUGCAUGGUGUCAGUAGAGACUCUUUUAUUGCGACACAGUCAAGAAAAGAAUCCAAAGACUGUCCUGUGGGUUUUGCAGACUUUGGCUCUUUUGGAAGUGAGAACCAGCAGCUGGAGUGGGCCAAGCGGGAGAGCGAGCGGGAGGAGCAGGAGCGGCUGAGGCGGCUGCGGUUGCAGGAGCAGCAGGAUCUGGAGCUGGCCAUCGCUCUCAGCAAAGCCGACCUUUCCAACGCCUGACCUCCGGCUCGGCUCUCUGUCCACCUUCAGUCCGUUUACAGGCCCGUCACCGCAGCUCCGUGUUUCUCAAAUGACUCUAGAUUUAAAACCGCUGGAGGUACAAAUGCCAGCUGUAAACGGGGGAGAAUCCAGACUUCAUCUUUGCUUAGCGCCACAAUCGGAAAGUUUCACAGGCUCCUGAACUGCAUCUCCGCCUGCUGACUUUUCAACCCGCUUGCUUGGUAAACCCUUUAAGAGUUAUCUAUAAUUAUUUCAAAUCCCGCGCUGCAGUAGCCACCGUCUCUUUAUGUGCAUAAAGCUUUCUGGGUCAAUGGUGACGUAGAAUUACCACUUGAGUUACCACAACAGUACUGUUACAACUUUUACCAGACAGUUGCUCAAAUAUUCUCCCUCUGAACCUGCAGCCCUCAGUAUAAAUUAAUGUGAAGAUCAAAUAUUUAUGAGCGCGAUUGAAGACAAGUGUCAUUAAUUUUAGAGAUGCACCAAGCAGGAUUUUGAUUUUUGUAAACUUUUCCCUCUGCCAGUAUGGAUUUUGAUUUCUUUUUAAGAACUUCAAUGCUUAAAAUGUUUUCUAUCCUUUCUCUCAUGAGAAGUUGUUGAUUAUUUAUGCAGAUAGGAUAGCCAGUGUCAUUAUUUAAGCUGACUUUAUUAACAAUUACUAAAAUAUUGGUCUCUGUGUUGAACCUUAUUUAAGUCACAAAAGAUUGUCAACAUCACAGGUUGAAAUCCUAUCUUUACUCUUAUUUUCUAAGUCUAAAUGAAAAGAUGUGAAAAUAUUUUUCUCUUUAAAGCUGCAGUAUGUAACUUUAAUUUAAAAAAAUGUUGUUUUAUAUUAACAUAUUUAUUAAAACUGGCUCCAUGUCUUAACCGAUAAUCUGUGUUUUCCCAGUGAUAAUUAGAAACAGCCAAUCAGAACCAUGAGGCGGGUCUUGGCGCUGUCAAUCAGCAAUAGGGGCUCAGGAACGAGGUGGAGGAGACCGAUCUUUUCACAGACUAUCUGUCUCUUAACAUACCGUCAUGGCGACAAUUUCAACAAAUAUUUAAAAAAUAUUUCUUAUAAAAGUUGCAUACUGCAGCUUUAAACAACUUUUUGCAUUGCUAUACUUUGACAAUGAAAAUAGUUAACUUAGCUGUACUCCUUUCAGCCCUCUGUUAAUGUGAUUAAAGUCUUGCUUUCUCUUGCCAUCUUGCAGCCUGAAUAAGAAAAUACAAUUUCCUUUCAGAU